AUUAAUCAAAUUUCCAUGCAUACGCCGUCACGUUGAACACUGUAUGAUCUGAAUUUUUGCGGAUUCAAUUAUCAAGAACAAAUAUCACAAGUAAAUAAAGAGAUAAGAAAUCUCGCAUAAAUCUGCAACACAUGGCGACGCAGCACUGCGCAGCUAUGCAAGCAUACACUUCGGAGCUUAUGAAAUGUGUGGAAGAAUUGAAGGUGACUCGGAACAGUAUUCAAUCACAGAUCGAGGCUGAAGAGGAGGAAAAAAAUAAUCUACAAAAGGAAGUUGAGAGAAUGACCUAUCGCAUAGGACAGCUGAACGAGAGCUUGACAAAAAAGGCUGCGGCGAGGACUGACUAUGAUAGAACAAUCCAGGAAACUGAAUCUGCAUAUACCAAGAUUUUGGAGAGCUCUCAGCUUUUGUUGAACAUGGUCAAGAGAGAAGCUACUUGCCUUGAUCAAACGCUCCACGCAGUUCAGGAAAGAGCGGGCUCAUAGAGAAUGUAUAGCGUUGUAACACAAA